AUGCUCGACACAAUCGUGAUCUCGACAAUCGAGUCAGACGUCAAAAUGCCGAACCUCAUACUUUCGGCAUUGGCGGCAAUCAUAAUCUCGAUUCUCCUAUUGGCGGUCCACCCGAUUUCCGGCGGCCACAUAAACCCGAUUAUCUCCUUUUCGGCCGGCCUAGUCGGAAUAAUUUCCAUGUCUAGGGCUUUUGUGUACAUAUUGGCACAAUGUUUAGGAGGUGUUUUAGGUGCUCUAGCACUUAAGGCUGUGGUAAGUAGCUCAAUUGAACAAACUUUCUCACUAGGAGGCUGCACAUUGACUGUUGUAGCGCCAGGCGCAAAUGGGCCCAUUAUAAUUGGGCUGGGGACGGCCCAGGCCCUAUGGCUAGAGAUCUUCUGUAGUUUCAUUUUUCUGUUUGCUUCGAUUUGGAUGGCGUAUGAUCACAGGCAGGCCAAGGAGUUGGGCCAUGUGUUAGUUUUUGUUAUAGUUGGGAUAGUAUUGGGCCUGUUGGUGUUCGUUUCGUCUACUGUUACGGCCCAAAAGGGGUAUGUUGGGGCCGGGAUGAACCCAGCUAGGUGUAUUGGGCCGGCUAUUGUUAGAGGCGGACAUCUUUGGGAUGGGCACUGGGUGUUUUGGGCUGGGCCGGGUAUUGCGUGUGUGGCAUUCUAUUUGUACACGAAGAUAAUCCCGAGCCAGCACCACAGGGCAAAGGCAUAUGAUCAUGAUUUUUAUAAUGUUGUGAAGAUUUUUAUCCUAUGGAUGAUGAAGAAUCUCAAAAUAUUGGAACCAAGAUUCAGCCUGUCUCCUCAACUCCAGGGCAAGGCACAAAAUUGGACAACUGAGCCUGAAAAGAAUCAUCAACAAUCUCCCAUACUGAGUGAGAUGCUGGGCCUCAAUGAACUCUUUUCUUUAGAUGUUUGGCGAGCGUCGAUAGGGGAGCUUCUCGGGACUGCAGUCCUCGUAUUCAUGCUCGACACAAUCGCAAUCUCAACAAUCGAGCCCGACAUCAAAAUGUCGAGCCUCAUACAAUCAGUUUUGGCGGCAAUCACAACCUCGAUCCUCCUCCUAGCCGUGCAUCCUAUUUCGGGCGGACACAUAAACCCCAUUAUAUCCUUCUCGGCCGGCCUAGUCGGUAUCAUUUCCAUGACUCGAGGGCUCGUCUACAUAACGGCACAAUGUUUAGGGGGUGUUUUGGGUGCACUAGCACUUAAAGGCAUCGUGAGUAGCUCGGUUGAACAAACUCUUUCACUACGGGGAUGCACCAUAACAGCUAUUGGGCAGGGCCCAAAUGGGCCCGACCCAAUAGGCCUAGGGACGGCCCAGGCCCUCUGGCUCGAGAUCGUAUGUGGUUUCAUUUUCUUAUUUGCCUCGAUUUGGAUGGCGUACGAUCAUAGGCAAGUUGAGGAGUUGGGUCGUGUGCUUGUUUUUGUUAUAGUUGGGAUGGUUUCGGGCCUACUCAUGUUCGUCACGUCUGGUCUUAUGGCCCAAAAUGGAUAUGUUGGGCCUGGGAUGAACCCGGCUAUGUGUUUUGGGGCGGCUGUUGUUAGAGGCGGGCAUCUUUGGGACGGGCAUUGGGUGUUUUGGGCCGGGCCCGGCAUUGCUUGCGUGGCAUUCUAUUUGUACACGAAGAUAAUCCCGGGCCAGCACUACCGGGCCAAGGCGUAUGAUCACGAUUUUUAUAACGUUGUGAAGGUUAUGUUCGGGACACGAUGAUAUGAUAUAUAUAU